GCCACUGACGACCGUCGUAAUCGUACGGCGGACACGCGACCGAACGACCGACAAUAAGAAUUAUUAUAACUCACUUUCCGUGUCCGUUUUUCACCCUGCUGAAGUUUGUGUGUUCGGUUUGCGGUGAAUAAUAUCGUAGAAUCGGACAUCGACAUCGACGUGCAACCUACCCGCACUUACGACACACCGUCGUCGGAGUAUACGAUCACCGUCGGAGAUCGUUUCGGUUGAAUACGUAUACGUAGAAUAUCAAAACAAUCAUCAAAAUGCUGGACACUGUAAUCCAGGGGUAUAACACCCUAAUGAACGACUACAGUGAUAAAAGAGUUAAGGAUUGGUUCCUUAUGAGCAGUCCCUUACCUACCUUGAUCAUGUGCCUGUCAUAUGCGUUCAUCGUAAAGGUUUUGGGACCGAGGUUGAUGAGAGACCGCAAACCAUUCCAACUGCGAAAAACAUUAAUCGUUUACAAUUUACUGCAAGUCAUAUUCUCCACGUGGAUCUUCUACGAAGCAUGGGACGGUGCAUGGGGCAAUGGUUAUAGUCUUCGAUGCGAACCUGUCGAUUACUCGACAUCCCCGAGCGCUAUGAGAGUGGCUCGUGGAUGCUGGUGGUACUACUUUUCUAAAUUCACAGAAUUCUUCGACACCUUCUUUUUCGUUAUGCGUAAGAAAUACGAUCAAGUAUCCACCCUGCACGUCAUUCACCACGGAAUCAUGCCGAUGAGCGUAUGGUUUGGCGUCAAGUUUACACCAGGCGGUCACAGCACGUUCUUUGGACUGCUCAACACUUUCGUACACAUCAUUAUGUACACGUACUACAUGUUGGCCGCCAUUGGGCCACAAAUGCAAAAGUACCUCUGGUGGAAGAAAUACUUGACUGUGCUCCAAAUGAUCCAAUUCAUUAUGGUGUUCAUCCACGCUUCCCAAUUACUGUUCAUCGAGUGCGAUUACCCGAAGGCAUUUGCUUGGAUCAUCUUGUUGCACGCCGUUAUGUUCUACUUCCUGUUCUACAACUUCUACCAACAAUCAUACAAAAAGAGAGAGGACAAGAAGAAGGUAGCCCAAAAGAAGAAGGACGACGACGACCGAGCAAACAACCGGCCAGUAGAUGUACCACAACAGCCCGCGGAUCCAACCCUCCAAAACCAAGCCAAAUCGUUCUGGUCAAACCUGACGUCGACACCGUGUUUCCUGCCUGCCGUCACAGACACCGACAGCAGCGAAGAGAUGUAUUCGCGACCACCUGUUAACAGCGCUGCUCGCAGUGCGUUCAUGUCCGACGGUUCGGGAACAUUUGGAAACAGGGCGUUCGUGUCCAAAUCAGCAAGUGCGUGAAGCCACAGGCUCACCGCUCUCCCUUCAAUUUUCCUUUCUCCCGUAAACCACUGAAAAACUACCCCAAAACGUAUCUACGAAUAUGUGACGCUACAUUCCCCUGAUCCAUAAAAACCGAAACGAAAACGCUCACAAUAUAAUAAUUAUAUAUAGAUAUAACAUAGCGUAUACUAUAAUUGUGUACCGACCGAACCAUUUAUUUACGCCGUGAUCACGAUGUCGUCUGUUUCUAUUUCCAAUGACCUCCUCGGUUUUUGACUGACUCAUUUGAUCCUCGGGAUACAGUCAGAUAAUAAUAUUAAUAUAAAUAAACCAUCACUUUUGUGUGUAAUUUUCUUUUCUCACGUUCCAAGGACAUCUUUAUUAUUAUUAUUAUUAUUAUCAUUAUAAUUAGGUAGGUACUAUUAUUAUUAUUACUAUUAUUUACGAGUAUUUUGUUCCGCGCGACUUCGACGACGGUUCAAAAACAAAGAAAAUUAAUUCGAUUCUCAGUGUGUUCACCGGCGAUCGGGCAAUGUCUCGUAUAUUUAUUAUCGCAUAGGCAUUAAGAUGCAAUAUAUAUAUAUAUUAUAUAUAAAUAUUAUUAUUAUUAUUAUUAUUAUUAUAUUUAUUAUUAUUAUUAUUAUAAUUAUUAUUAUUUUAUUUAGCACAUGCGGUCGUCUGUCGUCGUCUUUCGAUUUAACAGGGUACGAUGACAAUAAUAUUAUUGUUAUUAUGUUUGUCCGGUCUGUCGUGACAGUUCGGCCGCUAGUCAAAAUCAGUUUAAUAUCAUUAUAUUUUACUAUAGAUUUACACAUUGUAUUAAGUCGUGUAGUUAUCACGUCUUAUGAAUUAAUAUUAUUACUGUCGUCGUUAGGGUACGACUGUCGUACGCGAAUUGUAUAAUAAUAUGCGCGUGUGCAAAUAUACGGCGAGGCAAGGAGGCGAGGAGGAUAAAAAAAAUAAUCAAUACCAUGGUAUACAAUGACAGAAAUCCAAGUGUUGACCAACGAUCGUGUUAAACGCUUUAGGUCUCUGUUAUUGUGUAUAUAUAAUAAUAUAUUAUGGUAUUGGUGAAUAAAUCUGUUGUCCGUUUUUCGACCUGUUUUUUUUUUUUUGUUAUUUUAUUGUAUUUAAUAUGUAUUAUGUUUAUAUAAACUAUAUUUGUACUAUGCCAAGUCGGUAUGAUAAAAAUGAAAAAAAAAAUUUAAAAAUAAUUAAAAAACGAUUUGUACGAAUUACAACUCUCCAUUUGUUUAUAAUAUUAAAGUAUGCUCGAACCGACUAUUAUAAUUUUAUACCUAUUAAGUUAUAUUAUGUAAUUUAAAUAUUAAUAUGUUAAUAUGUAAUAUUCAGUCAUUUAUAGUGCCCUGUAUUUCUUGCCUUGUUUAAUUAAAUAUUAAUUGUAUGAUUGAAAUAUAAAUAAAAAUGAUGUAAUAUUUUUUAA